UCUCUCUCUGUAGCCCAUCUGUCUCUUCCCUUCUUCUACUCUCGAAAAGUCAGCGCCUUGUUCAUUUCCCCCCUUUCUCCUUCUCCCUCCCUCUCUCUCUCUCUCUCUUCUCUAGCGGUGGUUGCGGAAUCCACGAAGCUUGUUGUAAUGGAGGAAGACUGGGAUCUACAUGCGGUGGUCAGGAGCUUCACCGCCUCCUCCUCCUCCUCCUCCUCCUCCUCCGCUGCCGCUUCCGCCACCGCCACCGCCACCGCCACCGCCGGCACGACGUGGACGGAUCUUGCACUCCAUGCUCCUGUGCCUUGCUCCUCUUUCGGAGCGGUCAAGAUAGACGAGGGCUUUGUCUCUCCACCAGAUCCUUACGAAGCGAGACACAGCUCGCUUGCCGAGUUGCAUGAACUCUACCAGCAUGAACUCGGCAAGCCCUUCUUCCCCAAGAGCGAGCCUCUCGUGUUUCAAAGCGCUGCUGUUUCUGCUCUUCCUUCUUUCGGAGGAGUGAACGGUCAACCCGCGUUUAGACAACAACCUAAUCCUGCUAAUAAUAAUGGUUCUGCACCGGCCUCCUCUUCUAGCUCCUGCAUGACAAGCUCCCAGUCUCAAGCUUCUCGCAAAAGAAGCAGGAAGAACCAGCUCAAGAAGGUUUGCCAUGUUCCAGCAGAGAGUCUGUCUUCUGAUAUCUGGGCGUGGCGUAAAUAUGGCCAAAAACCGAUUAAGGGCUCUCCAUAUCCAAGGGGAUACUACAGAUGCAGUAGCUCGAAGGGGUGUUUGGCCCGGAAACAAGUGGAGCGGAACAGAUCCGACCCUGGAAUGUUCGUCGUCACGUACACGGCGGAGCACAACCACCCCGCGCCUACCCACCGCAACUCGCUCGCAGGUUCCACGCGUCAAAAGCCCGUGAUGCCGCAGACGGACACUGUCGAGGACCCCAGCGCUGCUGCCUCGACAAAACCUCCUUGUUCUUCUCCAACUACCUCCUUAGAGGAGGAGGUGGCAAAAACUCAGAGUACAAACACCGAAAGCAGAGAAGAUAAAGAGGGUAGCAUGGCUGAUGAUGAAGAGGAUGGGGAUGCUGGGCUAUCUGAUAUGGCUAUGAGUGAUGAUUUCUUUGUGGGUUUGGAGGGAUUGAAAGGAGGUGGUGAUGAUGACGAUUGCUUCUUGGAUCCUUUUCCGGCGAACUUUGGCCAUUCUUGGGCGGCUAACAAUACGGCAACCGCCACCGGUGAUAGCUGACCCAACUAGUCAAGCAUAUUGUUUUGCGAUCGAGUUGUAACUUUCUGGAAUACGUACAAUUUUCGUCUUUUUUUCACAAAUGAAUCGAGGUUGUAACAGUUAGCAUCCCCGUCUAGCUAAGCUUUAUAUAUGUGUAAUUUUUCUUCAAUUUGUAUAAAGAUUUCACAAGGCAGGCGUUGAGAAGGAAAUGUUGCUCAUCUCUGUAUUAAGAGUUCGACAAUCUGUUGUCAUUUGCACUUCAGUUGUAUCGCAAUCGGAGUCAGAGAUCAGUUGUAAGAAUGACAAAUACGAUACUUUAGCUC